AUGUCUGCCAGCGCCCCCGUCCAAACCAUCGCCAUCAACGGCAAGGACAUCUCGAUCCCCACGGGUCUGUUCAUCAACAACGAGUUCGUGCCCGCGCUAGGCGGUAAGACGUUCGAGGUCGAAGACCCGAGCACGGGCAAGGUGCUGCUGUCGAUCCAAGAGGGACAGGCUGAGGAUGUCGAUGUCGCGGUCAAGGCUGCCCGCAAGGCCUUUGACGCCGGCUGGGCCGACUCGGACCCGGCCUGGCGAGGCUCGCUGUUGCAGCGCCUGGCCGACCUGAUGGAGCAGCACCGCGACGAGAUCCUCGCCGUCGAGGUCGUCGACUCCGGCAACACCCUUCACCAGGUCUCCACCGUCGACCUGCCCGCCUCCAUCGGCACCCUCAGGUACUACGCCACCUGGGCCGACAAGGUCUACGGACGCACCUCUGCCACCGUCCCCGGCACCUUCACCUACACCGUUCGUGAGCCCGUUGGCGUGUGCGGACAGAUUAUCCCAUGGAACUUCCCCUUGAUGAUGUUCAUCUGGAAGAUCGCCCCCGCCCUGGCGACCGGCAACACAAUCGUGAUCAAGUCGGCAGAGAGCACCCCGUUGUCGGCCCUGAAGAUGUGCGAGCUCAUCCGCGAAGCUGGCUUCCCUGCCGGCACCGUCAACCUGAUCUCCGGCUUUGGUCCCACUGUCGGGGCCGCCAUCGCGAACCACAUGGACAUCGACAAAGUCGCCUUCACCGGCUCGACUGCGACAGGCCGUGUCAUCAUGAAGGCGGCUGCCUCGUCCAACCUCAAGAAGGUCACCCUCGAGCUCGGUGGCAAGAGCCCGAACAUCGUCUUCCCUGACGCGGAUCUCGAGAAAGCCGUCGACUGGUCGGUGCUGGGCAUCGACUUCCACGCAGGCCAGGUGUGCCACGCAGGCACGCGCAUCUACGUGCACGAGGACGUCUACGACGCGUUCCUGGAAGCCUUCACCAAGAAGUUGGCCGCCACCCACGUCGGCAGCAACUUCAGCUCCGAGACCGACCAGGGCCCGCAGAUCAACAAGUCGCAGUACAACAAGAUUCUGGGGUACAUCGAAACGGGCAAGAAGGAAGGGGCCACGCUCCACCUCGGUGGCAACGCCAUCUCCAAGAACGGCGGUUACUUUAUCGAGCCGACCAUCUUUACCGACGUCACGCCCAAUAUGACGAUCGUCAAGGAAGAAAUCUUCGGCCCCGUCGUGGUGAUCGCCAAGUUCAAGACCGAGGAGGAGGUGCUUGCGGCAGCCAACGACACCAGCUACGGGCUCGCCGCCGGCGUGCACACCAACGACUACCAGCGCGCGCUGCGUGUCACCAAGAAGCUCAAGGCCGGCACCACCUGGGUCAACAUGUUCAACUUCCUGCACUGGAGCAUGCCCUUUGGCGGCUACAAGGAGAGCGGCAUCGGGCGCGAGCUCGGCGGCGAGGCCCUCGACAACUACACCAACGUCAAGACCGUCUACUUCAACAUGGGGUUGCCGGCGCCGAAGCCUGCUUCGUUGUCCGCCUAG